AUCUGAAAGGUCAAUGAUCCAUUCUGUCCCAGGCCACUGUAUUGUCUCAGUCGCAAAUAGUUAUUGAUCUCAUUCAUUACAAUUCUGUCCUGGGUUGUUAGUAAAUCUGUUUGAUGAAUGAGAUUAAUAGUGGCUAUAUCAUGAAAUGUGCAUAGCAGACAAUCCCACAUUAUGUUCUUGGUUGACUUUUGAAUAUUUGACAUAGUCAACAAUUAGGCGGUGUCCACAAGAAAUAUCUUUUUAUUCGGUCUUGAAAUAUCAGGUUAACAAAACACAAAAUCUAGUAGAAUUCAACCGCACAGAAAUUAGUGAAUAUUUGACAUUACUAAAUGGAAUUAUUUUUUAACUCUGAAAGCCUCUACAAGAAAGAUUUCUUGCUUUAGGCACAUUGUAUGAUUGGAAUUGCACCAUUGGUUUAGCUUAUACUGGGUAAUCAGAUUUUAGAAUGGUGGAAAGUAUCUGCACCUCAGUAAUAUUUUAUAACCCAUGUUUAUUCACGUUUGUAGGUCUGAUUGGUUAACUAUCACCAAAAUGGCAUUACACACUUAUGCUUUGUUGUCAUCUGAAGCCAUUUACUUUUGAAUUUCAUAAUGGCCUAAGUAUGGGAAUUUCUAAAUUUUAAACUACCGUACUCAACUCUUUGACUGCCAAGGACUAUUAAAUAAUGAAAAGAAUUAACUUUACAUCAAGGCCACAAAAAGAAUUUUUUUUAAUUGGCCUUUCUUGCUCCUUCUCUUACAGAAAGUUGAACAUCAGAGCUAACAACUAAAGCCAAAUUUGAACCCUGGCUCGCUUCUGGAUGAAGGGAGAGCGAAAUGUCUGAUUGGCCUGAAUCAGCCAUAACGCUUUAUGUUAUAACAACGGCAGUGACAUAAGUUAUCGGGUAGUUGCCGAUUACUCCCAGUUUCUCCCACUGCUCCAGCACAUGCUUUUUGUUUUCCUAUGAGUAGUAGUAUCAGUAUGCAAGAUGUUGGUUUUUGUCUUGUUUGGAUCUGAUACAUAUGGUCCAUGGUGGUCAAUGGGUUCAAUCAAUGUUAGAAACCAUUAGAAACUGAAGUUUUACUAAUUAUUUUAACAUACAAGGUGUCUAGGAGCCUCAACUGUUUUACUGUCAGCGAUUAUUAGAUUGAUUGAACAAGCAUGGUGUCACAUUAGUAAAAACAUUUCACAACCACCGAGUAAUACUAAAACUCAUUGUGGUUUGACUGCCGGUGAUAGGUGUGAAAGUUUGGGGAGUUUUUGUAUUACUUCUGCCUUUAUAGUGUUGUUCUAGUACCUGUCUCCAUUGAAUGAAGACGUCCACAGCAUUUUGGAAGUCUUGGUCUUGAUUUACUGCGUAUCAAGGCUCUUUGACUGUCGCCUUGUUGAUGGAUUUCUUAAAAUGCAAUACCUGGAGGGUGAAUCGUUAAUCUGUCGAUAUUUUUGUAGGAAGUUUGAAGAACAAGAUGCUGAUUGAAGGACAACAUCUCUUGAAACCAGUUAAGUUGGAUAAUGGACUACUACGAAGCUAGGGAUGAUCUGGACGACCCUCCACUUGAACAGCAGGAAGACAGUCCAAUACAGAAACUGUUCAAAGGAGCUCACGUGUUCAUAACAGGGGCCUCAGGGUUCAUGGGGAGGGUCCUCUUGGAGAAAAUACUAAGAACAUGUGAUGUGGCUCAAAUAUUUAUUCUAGUGAGGGACAAAAAAGGAGUAAAAUCACAAGAAAGGUUGUCGUCCAUAUUAGAUGAUAGGUUGUUUGAGUCACUGAAGCUACAGAAGCCUGGAGAGGUGAGGAAGGUAAGGGUGGUGACAGGAGACUGCAGUGAGCCUGGCCUGGGACUGGGACAGGAGGACUUGCGACAGAUGUCCUCAGUCAACCUCAUCUACCACGUGGCUGCCAACCUGCAGAUGGACCAACACCUCAAGAUAGCUUACACCACUAACGUACUGGCCACCAAGUGUCUGCUGGAGUUUGCUAGGACUCUGCCUCAACUCAAGGCUUUCAUGUAUGUUUCCACUGCUUAUACACAUGCCUACAGAGACCUGGUGGAGGAGACAUUCUACAGUGUUAUAUAUGACGAGGAAGAAAUUGGUCAGAUAUGUCGAGACAUGGAUGACCAUCAAAUAGGUGCCUUGACGCCCAAGUUGAUCGGGAGGUGGACAAAUACAUACGCCCUCACCAAGGCAUGUGCGGAAAACCUUGUGUCAAAAUAUGACGGUGUUCUGCCCAUCGGUGUCGUUCGCCCAUCAAUAGUGGUGUCGACGUGGAGGGAGCCGCUGGUAGGGUGGAUCAACAAUGUUUACGGUGCCGUGGGAGUGGUGACAGGGACAGCGCUUGGUCUCAUGCGACUGUGGUGUGCUGACCCUGAUAUGGUGGGAGACAUGAUCCCUGUAGACACAGCCAUCAACAUGACUCUGGCAGCCACGUGGGAAGUGGCCGUCUCCAACACACAGCUGAAAAUCUACAACCUUGUCUCAUCGCCCAAGAACCCGAUAACGUACGAUAUCCUGCGCACUGCCAACUUUGGUCAUGGGGCCAACGAACGGAUGGAGUCUAUAAAUAGCAUUGCUGUUCCUAGCUUCAUGCUUGUCAAGAACAAAACAGCCUUCACUCUACUGUCCAUCUGGUACCAUGUUAUUCCAGGGAUAUUGAUGGACAUGUAUCUCCAGUUUAUUGGGAAAACUCCAAAGCUCAAGAAAGUGUACACCAAAAUAUACAACGUCAACAAAAAUCUGAUGCCGUACUGUGUGGACCAUGACAUCGUGUUUACUGCAAACAACGUCGACCGGCUAUGGGAAACGUUAGACCCCUUGGACAAAAAGCUGUUCCUGUAUGACUUGAGACAGCUAGACUGGGACUACUUCUGGCUUCAGGGGUUGAAAGGCAUGAGAGUCUAUCUGAUCAAUGAGCCCAUGGAUACUGUACCUCAGGGAAUCAAACAUUAUCGGAAGUUACUUAUUAGAAAGCUGCUAUUUGACUCCAUCAUCUGGUCGUUUUUGGGAACAUUAGGUUACUUAAUUUUAAAAUCAGUUGUUAGUCCUUAUUUGUAAAUAAAUUAUUAUAAAUUA